AUGUUUUCAGGACUUACAAAUCAGGUUUCUUCCUGGAUGGGAGCAGCUAAGGGCGAGCCCCAAGACGAAGAGGUGCCUACCCCAACCAAGGACGCAACCGGAGAACAAACGGAAGGCGAAAAACAAAGCCCCACAAGAGGAGGAAGCAAGCUGGAUCUUAUCACUAAUGUCAAAUCCCAGAUGACUGGUUGGCUUGGAUCAGGCAUUCCAAUACCAGGUCUUAAAAAAAAUGAGGCCCCGCCCACCGAUCCGGCUGAAACCGCUGCCCCGGAGCCUACUGAGGCUGAGGAAGCCCAGCCAGAAGGAAAGGACGAUGAUGAUAACUCCAGCGCUACUGGUGGGGCGGACAGCAGGCCUGCAUCUACAGGCGGCACUCCCACGGAGGAGCAGCCAGGUGGAGUCGGGAAUGUUCCAGGUCCCGAAAGUAAAAAGUUUUUCUCGGUUGAUGCAAUUGAAGUGCCAGAUAUGCAAGAGCUGACGACCAAGGCCGUUGCUGGUGCCAAGUCGCUUGGCAACUUCCUCUACUCUGCUGUGAACAAAGCCGGCGCGAAGGUCAGCGAGGCUGGUGCUAAGAUUAAGAAGACGGUCGAGGAGAACAGCAUACUGGGCGAGUUCAACCGCGAACAGGACGCGUUCAUCAAAGGACAGGAUUCCCGCGGGGGUGGGGCUGCCGUGGCACCCUGGGUUGGGGCUCCCAACGAGGCCGCGCUUAAGGAAGAGUGCCUGUCGCUCUCUACUGAUCGUCGGAACUUCGUUCGCGCGCCCCCAGCUGGCGUGGAGUUCGAAUUCGACUACGACAAGAUGUACCCAGUGGCUGUAGCCAUCAUGAGUGAGGAUCCCAACCUCGAGACGAUGCGCUUCGACCUUGUGCCCAAAGUAAUCACGGAAGAGAACUUCUGGAGGAAUUAUUUCUACCGUUUGUCGUUGAUCUGCCAAGCCAACGAAGCUGACGCAGCCGCCGUUCGCCAGCCGAGUGCCGAUGACUCACAGGAUCAAAAAUUGGCAAGCGAGAGACUUAUAUCCAAAGAGAAGUCGUCACAGGAAUCAAUCGACAACGCGAAGGAACGGAUAAAGUCAUUGAAAGUAGAUAGAGAAAACGACGAUGAGCAAUGGGAGAAAGAACUUGAAGCUGAGUUGAAAGAGUAUGAGGUAGUCGCAGAAAAGACUGGAGAUGAUAAGUGGGAAAAAGAGUGCGAAGAUCUUCUAGGAGAUGAUGUCGAUCUGAAGUAA